CAUGGCGCCCACCUGCCUGGCGGCAGCAGCCGGCUCCAACGCCGCGGUUCGCGGGUCCAGGCGGGAGAGCGGUUCGGCCUGGGGUGGUGGGGCGUAAGGAGGCGGAGGGGGCGGCGCCCGCGGGUCCGCGUGUUAGAACGCAGGGCGGCCGGGAUCCGGGGCGCAGGCGGCAUGGUGUCCCAGGCGCUGCAGCUGCUCCGGCAGGGCGUGUGGGCCGCGCUCACCGGGGGCUGGUACCACGACCCCGAGCAGAGCAAGUUCACCAACAGCUGCCACCUCUACUUGUGGCUGUUCUUGUUGCUCUUGCCUUUGGUCCUGCAUCUGGCUUUUCCUCCAAAUACCAUCACUGUAUUUUUUUACUGCAGUGCAGUGACUAUAUUCUUCACAGUAAUCAAAUUUGUCAGUUAUCGCCUACACCUCAUGUUUGAUAAAGGAGAAGUAAUUCAGCAAAAGACCUCCAGAAAGAAAGAAAAACCAAAUAAAGACAACGAGACCAACAGUGAACACAUAACUAAUAACAAAAAUCCAAGCAGUAAUAGGCAGAUUAACAAUGGCAAAAAGGAAGAAGCCCAUAGAAGCCUCUCUACACCUCCCCUCUGCUGCAGCUCCAAAGGGCCGAGCCUGAGCUCUCAUCACUCUUCUGGGCUCCUGGAGUUGCCAGUGCAGGAAACAGUGGAAGAUCUCAAAGGUGUCAUUCUGACAGAAGACCAACCUGUGGCACCCAUGUCAUCUGCCUCACCUUGUAUCAAAACAGAAACCAUGACCAUGUCAGCAGUUCCAGUGAAACCAGCUUUGGCAGAAACUCUAAUCAGUGAUAAAGGGAAAGGACAAGGAGGCAAGGGGCAGCAGCCUUUCUGCCACAGAUCCGAGGGUGGCUUAGUAGAUAAAGAAGCUUUGAAGAAGUUGCCACACCUGUCUCUGUCUCAGUAUGACUUACUAGAAACAGAUGUUUCUUUCCAGCCUUGGGGCAGUGAGAAUUCAGUCCUGAUUCCAGAAUCUGUGAAUUAUGCCCAGGGCUCCAUCAGGGGGCAGCUGCAAAGUAAGUCACCUCAGGAAAGCCUGAGCAGUAGCUGCCCUCAGUGUAACACUGUUAUUGCAUGUGAGCCAGUGGACAUGCCCCACCAGGGGCACCCACCCUUGAACCAGGAAGCGGAUUACUCAGACAGUGAGGUAGCUGUUACUCUUAUUGAUACUUCUCAGCCUGGAGACCCACUGAGUCUCCAUGAACCCAUUAAAAUCGUCAUCACCAUGAGCAGUAUCCCGAAUUCCAUGACGGACUUGGAAAGCUCGCUCCACCUGAAGGUGAUUGGCACUGAGAGAACAGGUUUAAGGUCUGAUGCUGAGCCAGCUCUCCCAGGGGUGGCCAGUCCUCCUAACAUGGAGCAGAUAAGAAUUCCUGUCAUCACUCUCGAGCUGUCUGAGGAUGGGGGAGGAAGCAGGAUGUGUACUGAAGGGAACGGCAGUGACAGGACUCCAGAGAGACUGAUGGUGGAGAUAUCCUCCAACCAGUGUUCUGGCUAUGGGUCUGGGGAGGGGGGAAAUGUCACAAAGGACUGUAGUCCUUCCCCAGGAGGCCACUGUGACACAACCCCUUCACUCGCUCCUAAUGUGAUCUCCAGGUCUGAGCCGGUGAAGGAAGCCCAGGCUAACCUUGACCCAUCAUCUUGUAAAACCAGCCAUGAAAAGAGACAUGCCCGGGUCCUCAGUGUGGACAGUGGGACAGAUGUCUUCUCAAGCAGAAGUUCCACAGAUAUUAACGAUAAAGAGAAAACAAUACCAACUUCCAAAUCUGAUCUGGAGGCUAAAGAAGGACAGAUGCCAAAUGAAUCCAACUUCCUGGAAUUUGUCUCCCUGUUAGAAUCAAUUAAUACUUCCAAAGUGGUGGCAUCCAAUGGAAGGAAUGGCUCAGCAGAGCAGAGCAAAGAAAGCGGGCUUCUCAGAGAUAAUUGUUCCCAGGAGACAAAGGAGGAAAUCCUGGAAAAUGAGAAGCCCAAAGGACACAAUUCCAAGCAAGGAAAACCAGACAUGCCAACUCAGGACCAUACAAGCACCAGCCCUGUGCUCACUGAGCCUGCCAAGAUCACAACUCUUUUCCAGGGCAAUAGACAAAGACAAAUAAUCUACAGGGUCACUUCCCAACAAGAUAGUUCUGUCUUGCAAGUCAUCAGUGGGCCUGAAACAUCUGUGCAAGAUGAGAUAUCUGUGGAUGCUAUGCAUGUCUUCAUUGAUGAACAUGGAGAAAUUAGAUCCUGUUAUUUAAAGUCUGGAAAUCAGAAGGAAGACCCUCUACAGCAUCAGCCCUCCAAUUAUGGUAGUUUCUCUCAUGCACGGGAGAUGCACAUCAGCUCCUCCAGCACCAUGACUUCUGAGAGUCAAGAUCCUUCUUCAGGGGACCCCACAGUCAGCGCACUUCAACAGCAGCUGUUACUCUUGAUGGCUCGAAGGACCCAGUCAGAAAACCCCCGGAAUCUGAGUCAGGAUCUGGAAGACUCAUCAUGUUCUUCAACACAAGGAAAAUUUAACCGAGAGCAGUUUUACAAGUUCAUCAUUUUCCCUGGCAAGUGGAUUAAAGUCUGGUAUGAUCGACUUACCUUGUUGGCGUUACUUGAUAGAACUGAGGAUGUGAAGGAAAAUGUGCUGGCAGUUUUACUCAUUGUCCUAGUUUCCCUGCUCGGAUUUCUGACAUUGAACCGAGGCUUCUGCAAAGAUGUGUGGGUGCUCCUUUUCUGCCUUGUCAUGGCCAGCUGCCAGUAUUCCCUAUUAAAGAGUGUUCAGCCUGAUCCCGCCUCACCAAUACAUGGACACAACCAAAUCAUAACAUAUAGCAGACCAAUCUAUUUUUGUGUCCUCUGUGGCCUUAUUUUGCUUCUUGAUACCGGGGCCAAAGCUAGGUACCCUCCCACAUAUGCUUUCUAUGGCCUGAAGCUCUUCUCUCCAGGGUGCCUCCAAACGGCUAGGGACCUCUUAAUAGUGUUUUUAUAUUGCUUUCCUGCAAUAUCCCUCCUUGGGCUCUUCCCGCAGAUCAACACUUUCUGCAUUUAUCUUUUGGAACAGAUUGACAUGUUGUUUUUUGGAGGUUCUGCCGUUUCUGGGAUGACAUCAGCCAUUUACUGCGUGGCCCGGAGUGCCACAGCUGCAGCCGCGCUCCACAUGUUCUGCUUCAUCGCAGUGAAGGAGCCAUGGAGCACACAGCACAUCCCGGCGCUGUUUUCAGCCUUCUGUGGCCUCUUGGUUGCGCUUUCCUACCACCUGAGCAGGCAGAGCAGUGACCCCUCUGUGCUCCUGUCCUUUGUUCAAUGCAGAUUGCUUCCUAAAUUUUUACACCAAAACCUGGAAGAAUUGGCUGCUGACCCUCUGCCCCAGAAGAUGAAAGAAUCAGUGAAAGAUAUCUUGAAAUCAGACCUCAUCAUCUGCUCAGUGUCCGCUGUGCUGUCAUUUGCAGUCAGUGCCAGCACCGUGUUUCUGUCCUUGCGACCAUUUCUCAGCAUCGUGCUGUUCGCCUUGGCCGGCUCUGUGGGAUUCAUAACCCAUUACAUGCUCCCUCAGCUCCGGAAGCACCAUCCCUGGAUGUGGAUUUCACACCCGGUCCUUAAAAACAGAGAGUAUCAGCAGCGGGAAGUGAGAGAUAUCGCCCACUUAAUGUGGUUUGAAAGACUCUAUGUUUGGCUUCACUGUUUUGAAAAAUAUGUAUUGUACCCAGCAAUAAUUUUGAAUGCCCUCACUAUUGAUGCAUUUUCGAUAAGCAAUUACCGGAGACUCGGUACCCACUGGGACAUUUUUCUGACAACCGCUGCUGGCAUGAAGCUGUUACGUACCUCUUUCUGUAACCCAGUUCACCAGUUCAUUCACUUGAGCUUCACUGUGAUCUUUUUCCAUUUUGACUACAAAGAUAUUUCAGAGAGUUUCUUACUGGAUUUCUUCAUGGUGUCCAUUUUAUUUAGCAAGCUCGGGGACCUGCUUCACAAGUUACAGUUCGUCAUGACAUAUGUGGCUCCUUGGCAGAUGGCUUGGGGGUCUUCGUUUCACGUGUUUGCUCAGCUCUUUGCAAUCCCUCAUUCUGCCAUGCUUUUCUUUCAGACCAUCGCCACGUCAGUCUUUUCUACUCCACUGAGCCCAUUUCUCGGAAGUGUCAUUUUUAUCACAUCCUAUGUUAGGCCAGUGAAAUUCUGGGAGAAAAACUACAAUACAAGACGUGUGGAUAAUUCCAACACAAGACUCGUAGUCCAAAUUGAAAAGGAUCCAGGGAAUGAUGAUAACAACCUCAACUCCAUCUUCUAUGAGCAUCUGACAAGGGCCCUCCAGGAGUCCCUCUGUGGAGACUUGGCUCUCGGCCGUUGGGGGAACUACAGCUCCGGUGAUUGCUUUAUUUUGGCCUCAGAUUACCUCAAUGCUUUUGUUCACCUGAUUGAAACUGGAAAUGGUCUUGUCACCUUUCAACUUAGAGGACUGGAAUUCCGAGGAACCUACUGCCAGCAGAGAGAGGUGGAGGCCAUCAUGGAAGGUGACGAGGAUGACCGAGGCUGUUGUUCCUGCAAACCAGGCCACUUGCCCCACCUGUUGUCCUGUAAUGCUGCAUUUAACCUCCGAUGGCUCACCUGGGAGAUCACACAAACACAGUACAUCCUGGAGGGCUACAGCAUCAUAGAUAACAAUGCAGCCACAAUGCUGCAGAUUUUUGACCUCCGGAGGAUCCUUAUCCGCUACUAUAUUAAGAGUAUAAUAUACUAUAUGGUAACAUCCCCCAAACUCCUCUCCUGGAUCAAAAAUGAGUCACUUCUGAAGUCCCUGCAGCCUUUUGCCAAGUGGCAUUACAUUGAGCGUGACCUUGCAAUGUUCAACAUCAACAUUGAUGACGACUAUGUCCCGUGCCUCCAGGGAAUAACACGAGCCAGCUACUGUAAUGUUUAUCUAGAAUGGAUUCAGUACUGUGCACAGAAAAGACAAGAGCCUUCAAAGAAUGUGGACAGUGACGAGGACUCUCCGUUAGUGACUCUGUCCUUUGCCCUGUGCAUCCUGGGAAGGAGAGCUCUGGGAACGGCAGCUCAUAAUAUGGCUAUCAGCCUGGAUUCUUUCCUGUAUGGCCUUCACGCCCUCUUCAAAGGUGAUUUCAGAAUAACAGCACGAGAUGAGUGGGUGUUUGCUGACAUGGACCUACUGCAUAAAGUUGUCGCUCCAGCCAUCAGGAUGUCCCUCAAGCUCCACCAGGACCAGUUCACCUGCCCUGAUGAGUAUGAAGACCCUGUGGUCCUCUACGAGGCCAUCCAGUCCUUUGAGAAGAAAGUAGUGAUCUGCCACGAGGGCGACCCGGCCUGGAGGGGCGCAGUGCUGUCCAACAGGGAAGAGCUGCUGACCCUGCGGCAUGUGGUGGAUGAGGGUGCUGAUGAGUACAAGCUCAUCAUGCUGCACAGGGGCUUUCUGAGCUUCAAGGUGAUCAAGGUUAACAAAGAAUGUGUACGAGGACUUUGGGCUGGGCAGCAGCAAGAGCUCAUAUUCCUUCGCAAUUGCAACCCGGAGCGCGGCAGCAUCCAGAACAAUAAGCAGGUCCUGCGAAACUUGAUUAAUUCUUCCUGUGAUCAGCCCCUGGGAUACCCCAUGUAUGUCUCUCCCCUAACCACAUCCUAUCUAGGGACCCACAGGCAGCUGAAGAAUGUCUGGAGUGGGCCUGUUACUUUGGACAACAUCAAGGCAUGGUUCCGAACCAAGUGGUUAAGAGUGCAGAAGGACUGCAAUGCCAGCCAGCACAGCGGCGGCAACACUGAGGAUGUGGAUACAGCGGGGGCCCCAUCCACAGGCGGUGGUGAUGCCCCGAGUGGUGAGAGCCAGGAGAGCAGCACAGAACAGCCCAGAAAAGAUGGGACCCACCGCUGGUCACCCCAAGAAGGGCCCCGAAGGACAGGCCGGAGGAAAAGCAGGAGUCAGUCUGUCCAGGCACACACAGCCUUAACCCAAAGGCCACCCAUCCUGAGCUCCUCUGGCCCGAACUUAGAAAGCCACCAAGCCUUCCUCCAGACUUCCACGUCAGUGCACGAGUUAGCCCAGAGGCUGUCUGGCAGCCGGCACUCCUUCCACAUGUCUUCUGCUUCCCUGCACUCUCAGCCCCCACCCGUCACCACCACGGGCCACCUGAGCGUCCGCGAGCGGGCCGAGGCGCUGAUCAGGUCCAGUCUGGGCUCGUCCACCAGCUCUACCCUGAGCUUCUUGUUUGGCAAGAGGAGCUUCUCCAGUGCCCUUGUCAUUUCUGGACUCUCUGCCGCGGAGGGGGGCAACACCAGUGACACCCAGUCAUCCAGCAGCGUCAACAUCACGAUGGGCCCCAUGGCCAGGGCCACCAGCCAGGCCACUCCGCACUUCUUGGAGCCCUGUGAGCCCACGGAAGCCACAGAGAGGGGGCGGCUUUGUGACAGCCGUGUGGCUGAGGCCACGACAGAGAACCUCAAGGUGAUCUGCAGAAGAGCAAGCCAGGAGGACAUGGGCCUGGAUGACACGGCUUCCCAGCAAAGUGCUUCAGACGAGCAAUAGGGAGCACGGGGCUGGGAGGAGCCCCCACAGUGCUGAGAAACAGAGCCCUCCCUCCACGGCUGGCUUCCCUUCCUCCCCUCCCUUGUACUCCCCAAAACCAGAAAGAGCAAACCCUGUGGUCCACAUGAGGCCCUUCCUAUGGGAAAAUGAGAGCUGUUCUAGAAAACAGAAUAACUUUAUCUCAGGUUCUUAAAAAAAUUGCACAUGAUUAAAAAACUCUUGCAACCAGGCCUCCGUCCCCAGAGCAGCUCCAAGCACCUGCUACCCAGGAGCUGCAGGACUAAGGCCACCAAUGCUUUGCAGAAUUUGAAACUUCAAAAGAAAGCCAUGUAAUCUCUUAACACAACUAGAGUAAGUAGAGCACAUAAAUAACUCUCCUGCCCUGAAGGGAGUAGGACAAUGCAUGUGGGACUUGACACCUUCCUGUUACCAUGAAGAAGUGAACAGCAGCACUUAUCUGACCAUCAGCUGGUGAAUGCGCUGAGGUUAACGCCAUGGAUGAGGAAAAUCUCACUUCUUUACAUUUAUGCCCAUGUUAAGUAUAAACCAGUGACAGCUUUACAACAGAAUCGUGCCAGUGCAUGCAGUCACAUCUAAAGUCUCCUGUGCAAGAGCCCAAUGAUACCUAGAAAUGUGAGUUUAGAGAUCUAGGCAUGGGGAGCAGGGAAAGCCAUUUCAGAUUCACAUGAUGCUCUGUGCAAGCCAGGCCUGUCUCCACGCUUCUCUUUGCUUCACAGAUGCACGCCUGUUUUCCAAGCCUUACUGUAUCACACACUUGCACACACCUUUGUUUUUGAGAUUAAAUGUUUAUAGUUA